CAUAAAACAGCAUUUCACAGCGUCAUUCAAAUUUUAUCUCACCUUUUCGUAUUCUAAGCGUUUCAUAACUGCGGAUGCUGUGAAACUUUAUCAGUAUCUAUAAUUCUCACGUGCAAGGUGAAAGCAUGGAAGGCACUAUUUUUAAUCAUUAAAUUUUAAAGAUAACCGCAAACAUUCAAGCCUACAUUAAAAAAGGAACAUCGAGGAAUUAACAAAAAUAAAAUACCUAAUGCUGUAAUUUGGAACUUUAUAACAUCGAAAAGUUAAAGACUAUGAAGAAGAUAUUUGAACGUGUUUGGCAACUAAACUCUCCAUAGCAGCAGUUUAGAAAUUAACUAUUACAGAAAGGAUGCAGUUCGACAGGAUUCAAUGUUAUUGACAAUGAUGUGAAACUUCGUGUAUGUUUCAUACACGAACAUACAUCCAAAUAUCCUCCUACAUCUCAAAUAAUGACGGGAACAGGUCCGAUUUCCACUAUAUCUCAACGGGAGAGUAUCUCUCAGUGUUCAUACCAGGGAACAGUGUAUGAUCCACCAGUUCCUCUCCACUUCGAAAAUCCGAAGCCUUCAGAUCCCAAACUAUCACUGUUGCAAAUUGUUCGGUCCAAGCUUCUGAAGAUAGGAGCACAGUUAAAGAAGCGAAAACUUGAAUUUGUUGCUUUUCUGUUCACAUUCUCUUAUGUACUAACAAGAAUUUCUUCCACAAGUAUGAUUUUGGAUAAAGUAUGCCUCGUACACUUCGAGUAUCCCGAGUUCGUUUGCCAAAAUUUACAAAAUUACUCAGAAAUUAAAUCUGCAAUUGAAGUCGUGGCCACGAACUACCAAUUAGGCCACAUUCUGAUACAAACUGUCCCAGCGAGUUUAUUAGCCUGUUUCGUAGGGCCAUGGAGCGAUCAUUAUGGUCGUCGAUUUCCAGUGCUACUAGCUUUAACAGGAAUGAUCCUAGAUAAUUUCGGAUCUGUCUUCUGUGCGUAUUACUUGAAUACUCGAGUUGAAUAUUAUUAUAUACCUGCCAUAUUUACUGGAAUGUUUGGAGGUGUAGUAUCGUUACUGGCUGUAGUUUACAGUUACGCAUCGGAUACAACUCCUGUUGAAAGAAGAACAAUGAAAUAUGCUUUUAUAGAAAUUUCCUCAGGUUUUGCGUUACCAUUAGGAGCACUGUCUGGAGGAUGGAUUUACAAUUUCUUAGGUUAUCCAGCUGUUUUCUUUUUUUCUUCAGGCGGUAUGGUCCUUAGUUUCAUAUGGGUUUCGUUCAUGUUAGAUGAAACACGUGGCAUAGGAAACAAGGAUACGUGGAAGAUUAAACUAAAGAAUUUAUUUUCCUGCAAAACAUUUAAGGAGAGUUUCAUCGCUACUGCAAAAGAAAGACCUCAUAAAGGUAGAAAGCAAAUAGUGCUACUGAUCCUUUCAAUGUGUUUUAUAAUCAUCACAACUAAUUCCACUGGAGAUGUAAAUUACCUAUAUGUGCAUCACCAAUUCAAUUGGAGCAAUACGGAAUAUUCCACGAUCACUGCUCUCUAUUCUGUGUUUGGAAUAGUUCUCUUGUUUACAGUAAUACCUCUAUUAAAAUUCCUCAAAGCUGGAGACGCAACGCUUGGAUUACUAGGAAGCAUUUCACUUUUGAUAAAAUAUACGGGAGUGGGCUUGGCCUGGAAACCUGUUGUGUACCAUGUAGCCAGCAUCUGCGGAUUAUUAGGUGGUUGUGCUCCUUUAGCAGUUCGUUCUCGUAUAUCUAAAGUAGUCUGUAACGAAGAUUUAGGGAAAGUAUUCUCGUUUGUGGCAACAACUGAAUCAUUGCUUCCUAUUUUGGCAACAGUUUUCGUUUCGCAGAUGUUUAAUGCUUUCAUCACUACUUUUCCUGGAAUGCCAUAUAUAAUGCUAGCCAUUUUUCUGAUCGUUCCAUUAUCAGUUUUUAUAUGGAUCUCCUGCAUUCCAAAAGUGUGUUAUGAGGAUUACUGCCGAACAGAAGCAACGACAGAAGAUACUUACAAUGCCAUACCUGCAUACUCAUAUGAAAUGUUAAAUCCUUUUGUAUUAUUUUUUGUAAAUAAGUUGUGUCUGUAAAUAAGGAAAACAUAAAUAUAAAACUAAUAUGGCUAUGA